AUGGCAUUCAAUCCAACAUUUGAAGCCAAGAGAAAGCUCUCUGCGAGAGCCCCCUCCGUAGAAAAGGAGGUUUCUCUCUUCUCAGAGUCUCAGAACUCUUGGGUCGUCUUCAAUCCAAAUGACCAAGUACCCUAUGAUAUCCUCUCCUUCUCUACCAACAAUCCCUUGACUAGUUCGGACGAGGAGGAUCAAGAAGAAGAAGACGACGAGGUACAUCUGAAAUACGACAUCCGUCAAGAGGACCCACAUGACAUGAGUGAAGAGCACGAAGAUGAUGACCUAAUCGAGGAUCUACAUACCUCGUUGUCAAAUAGAAUCAAUGAGUGGCAAAAGACAACGGACACUUCUGUCUCAGAUAAUGUUGCUUCGUGGGAUUUGGACGCAGAACUCGUCUCUCAGAUGCUUGACACCACUAUCUUACAGCGAGUACCUGCGUUUUACGGAGAUAAGUACUUCGACGGAAUGUCCAAAAGUCAAUAUACUGAAUUUAAACGUACGAGUGCUCGUUUGAGGCGCUCUUUGACACGGGGUGGUAUCAAUUCUUCCGAUCCCGAUCUUCUUACUCGUCUUCUCAGUCUUCUACAGUGGCAAUCACUUCUUCGAGACUCCAGCUCUGGCUCCAUGGUCAACGAUUACAUUGUGAAUACGAGGUCGCGCGUUCAUCAUAGAAGACCUAAAUUUGUUCGCCAAUAUUCCGAUACCGCAACCUCAUCUUCGUUGGUAAUGUGUGGUGGGCCUUCAUGGAACGACGUGUAG